AUGGGUCUGGCUUGUUCAAAUAAAAGAAAAAUCAAUUUAGUGCUUCAAGAAUAAGGAAAGCAGGAGGAUUCAAAACUACCAUUCCCCACAUCUUUUAAAUAAGAAAUUUUACAUCAAAGAGAUUCUGAUAUAGAAAAUCUACUCAAACUAAUUGAAUUAAUUGAUACACAAGAUGCUUAUUCGAAGUUUUUAUUAUAAAAUUUGAAUGAGUUAAUAAUAAGGCGGUCAAACAUUUUAUUUUUGAGUCAUAAAUAAAUAUCAGCCAUUAAUGAUCAUCUCAGUUAUUGUGUUAUGAUAAUCAGAGGACUUCAAGGGAAUGAAGAAUUUGAACAUUACUUUCCAAUUCUAUCGUAUUCUUUAUAUGAUAUGUGUUCGAGAUUGGAGGUUUAUCUAAGGAAAUAAUCAAAUGAAUCAACCAGAUAUUGUUCUUUAUAGAGAAUAACGUGA